AUGCCUACGGAGUCCUCGCGGACGGCAGGCAGCACGAGCUCGAAGGAGACCUCUAUCGCUCGCGCUGCCUGUCGCCUGCUGUCUCGCAGCUGCUCUUGUAUGGGCGCUGCAACUUUCACGGUGAGCCUGCUGGCUCCUCGGCUUUUCCUCCCCACCGACACUGUUGUGAAGCCCGGUUUGGGCUAUCGUGGGAAAGCGUCCAUGGGAGAGCGAUUGGAGGCGGUCUGGAGGGUGGAAGAGGGCAGGGCUGAAGACCCGGGCCGCGCCAAACCUGUAGGUGCUUUGCAGGGCCCCCACAGCCCGAGCGACAGCUCGAAGGUGAAAUCCCUUCCGCGGGAUAUAUCCAACACGACCCCAGCCCUGCGCGACCACGCAGAUGCAGAAGCCGCCCUCGAUGCCUCUGCCGGAGGUGUGGGCCCGCGCCACACUGCUCGCCGUCGAAACUAUGUUGAGAGAGGGUGGUGGCUCGCGGGGUCAGCCGUGCCAACAAGAAGAAAGAAAGUGCCACACACGUGCAGAGCACAACCUCCCUGGCUCAUCGGAAAAUGCCCGGAGGUUACAUCGGCAGCCGUGUCAAACCAGAGCCCCCGCUCCGGCGAGAAAUCAUCGGGCGUGCUAAGGGGUAAGUGGCCAUCCCAGCGCAUUUUAGCACGCGAUGCAGUGCUCGGGACGAUGCCGUCGGAGUCGCUACAUCCCCUUUGCUGUGAUCAACGCCAGACACGGAUACCCUGA